UUGUCCGUUGUGGUGGUUGAUUCAGAUACAGCCUAUGGCCUCUCCGCUGUCCAGACUGAACCAACUGUACUUUGUGUUCCAAGUGGGAUCCCGCAUUCCACUGGAUGACGUCACAAUCUGCAAGGCCUGCUGCUUCUUCCACAAGUUCUGUGAGGAGGAGAAGGAAGCAGUGAAUCUAUAUGAUCUCUACUCAGUCGCAGCUGCAUGUCUCAGUUUAGCGAGCAAAGUGUGUGACGAUCCUCCCGCAUCCUCAUCUUUAAGAGACAUAAUCAAUGUUUCCUAUCGUAAUCUGCACCCUAACGAACCCCCUCUGCAAUUGGAGGAACAGUUCUAUGACCUGAGGGACUCCCUGUCCAGUAUGGAACUACACCUUCUCAGAGUGCUCCAAUUUAAUACAGACUUCGCCAACUCACACAAGUAUCUGUGCCACUAUCUGCUGUCUGUGAAGAAAUGGAUGCCGCCUGCAUCCGAGUAUCACUCAGGCUCACUCCUCCUCCCCACUGCACUCACGAUUCACCGCGACAUCCACCUGUGUCCCGCUGUGCUAAAAUACCCACCUCAGAUUAUUGCGUUGGCAGCAAUCUACCUUGCAAUGGCGCUGCUAGACUACGAACUGGUCGGCUUCGAAGCCAGCAGCAAACAAAGUCCUACAGAACAUCAAAACUUACAUUCAAGUUCUGCCUAUAUGUCUGGAAAAGCGCCGAAAAAAGAUUGGUUCCAAGUAUUCUACCCAGAUGCUGCGAAACAAACACUAGAAACAUUUUGCAACGAGUUUAUGCAAUUGCUAGUUAAAAAGAAUGAAAGCUUGAACAGCAGUUCAAACGAUCUUUCAUCUGAAACUCUCUAAGCC